UACUUGAGAAUUUAAACCCUAAUAAGUUUCAUCUCUAUUAAAUUGAAGAUAAUAUUUUUCUUUUGGAAUGCCCAAUAAUUCUCUCUGAUAUUGAAAAUUUGGGUCCUUCUUUUCAUAACUUUCGAUUGGAUCAAUCAAUCGGUUCUCUUUGGAACCCUAAUUUUCCCCAUCCAUUUCUCUCGUUUCGUGUUGGGUAUGCUAUAAAGUUUCAGACUUUAUACACUUUUUGCUUGUCUUUGUUGUUUUCCGAGAACUGUAAUUGAAGGUCGGCUGUGUCCAUGGCUAAAAGCUCAUUCAAGAUGGAACAUCCAUUGGGUUCGUUUCUUUUUUUUUCUCUUUCAUCAUCUUCGUUUUUAUGCCUACUGUCGGAUUUCCUGUUUUUAUGUCUAGUUAGGAACUGGGGAUCGAGUAUAUGGCCCAAAGAUGUCUAUGAGAGGAGGCAAGCAGAAGCUGCUCGCAUCAGGGAGAAGUAUCAUGACAGAAUACCUGUAAUUGUGGAGAAGGCUGAAAGGAGUGAUGUUCCUGAUAUUGAUAAGAAGAAGUAUCUUGUGCCAGCUGAUUUGACUGUGGGGCAGUUUGUCUAUGUUGUCCGGAAAAGGAUUAAUCUCAGUGCUGAAAAGGCUAUAUUUGUGUUUGUGAAUAAUACUUUACCUCAAACUGCUGCAUUGAUGUCCGCAAUCUAUGAGGAUAGCAAGGAUGAAGAUGGUUUUCUUUACAUGACCUACAGUGGGGAGAACACGUUUGGAUCCCACCAAGAGCAGCAGAAUUUAUCUCUGUAAAUGAAACAGGACGAUGUAAAUUCUCAGCUGUCUAUUAAGAUUUAAGGCUCUAACUGGCUUAUAUAAUCUGGUCGCUUAUUUUGGAUUUAUGCCAUUAAGGGUACUGGAAGAAGUUUGACUCGGAACUGAAUGGAAUCAUUUAAAUUCUGAUAUGGUUUCCAAUUA